AUAACGGCACCUAUCAUGGGGCUGCCAUCCUGGAUGGCAGUAAAACCGUCCAUAAAAGUUGGUUAGUGUUAUGAUUGGUUGCGGCACUCAUUUUUAGCAGCUGGAGCCUGUUUUCUCCUGUGAAAUGAAGAUAACCAUGCCCCACCUUAAAGGUGAUGGAAAUUUUUUAACGCCUUAGCGGAUAUGAGGCCUCUCACCAAGAAGCCGGACCAAAAUAACAACGGUUGCUCGGAGCCAGGCCUCUCACUGCCGCUAACGAAUUGGGAACAUUUCAAGAGGCAGGCUGGAGAGGAAGGAUCCCGGCCGGACCGGCCCCAUCGCGGGAAGCAGCCACAGCCGGGCCUUGGCGGGGGGACCAUGGGCGCCUCCGCCUCCAGGUGCCGGGCCGCCCGGGUUCCCGCGCCGGAGCCGGAACCCGAAGGGGCGCUGGACCUGAGCCAAAUGCCCCCGGAGCUGCUUCUGGUGGUGCUGAGCCACGUCCCCCCGCGCACGCUGCUGGGGCGCUGCCGCCAAGUGUGCCGGGGUUGGCGCGACCUGGUGGACAGCCAGGCCCUGUGGCUGCUGAUCUUGGCCCGGGACCACAGCGCCACCGGCCGCGCGCUGCUGCAGCUCGCCCGCAGCUGCCAGUCUCCCUCCCGCAACGCCAGGCCCUGCCCGCUGGGCCGCUUCUGCGCACGCAGACCCAUCGGACGCAACCUUAUUCACAACCCCUGCGGCCAAGGUGGGAUCCCAGAAGAGGUCUUGGACCUAGAGGAGGAGGGUCUGUGGCCAGAACUGCUGGAUAGUGGCAGGAUUGAGAUUUGUGUCUCUGACUGGUGGGGAGCCCGACACGACAGUGGCUGUAUGUAUCGACUCCUUGUCCAACUUCUAGAUGCCGACCAGACUGUUCUAGAUAAAUUCUCUGCUGUGCCUGAUCCCAUCCCCCGGUGGAACAACAAUGUCUGCCUUCACGUCACCCACGUGUUCUCCAACAUCAAGAUGGGUGUCCGCUUUGUGUCUUUCGAACACUGGGGCCAGGACACAGAGUUCUGGGCCGGCCACUAUGGAGCCCGUCUGACCAACUCCUGUGUGAUGGUGCAAGUUCGUCCACCCUAGUCCAGGACCACCCUUCUUGCAAGACAGCCUGACUGUGCCUUCCAGGGCCUGGGACCAUCGGCUGGGACCCUCAUUAGCCAACUAAGCGCUUGUACCUCCCUGGCAUACUGGGAAUUCCUGGGUCCGAUCAAAGGCCCUCAUCUUGAGGUUCUAGAAACUACCAGAAGAAGCCUCUUCCAUCAUAUCUACCUACUGCAGCUGCUGCUUUGGGGGACCCUGCCCUACUGAGGGGAAACCCACAGGUUUGAGCAUGGGGGAACACACGUCCUGGAGAAUUCUCCCCUCCCCUCUCUUCUCCUCCCACCCGAAACCCUCCGAUCCAGCCUCAGGCCCCUCUGUCCCAUCCCCUCCCCUCCUUGCCACUGACCUUUUGCCUCCUAUUGUUUCUGCCACAGUGACCUCCUUGGUCCCUUCAGGGAAGCCCUCUACUCAUCUCAGAACUUAGAUUCUCAUCCUCAGGGCUCAGAAAGUCCCAGCCCUAAGGGUGUGAACCCAACCUCCCGGGGCUUCUGAGCUACAGUGCUGGGACCAGGUCAUACAGCUGAAAGUCAAUGUU